GACGGUAGAAAACCAACUAUUAUUAAGGCCCCACUGAACCAAAGUGCACGUAUUGGGUCCAACGUAACAUUUAACUGUGCGGUGAGUGGUGAUCCCGCGCCUGCAGUAAACUGGACGAAGGAUGGUAACUUGUUGUCCUUCAACCAAAAAGUCAUAACAAACUUCACAAUAGGUGAAAGUCAGCUAGUAAUAAUAGGAGUGAGAAAUGAAGACAUUGGUGGCAAAUAUCGAUGUGUGGCAAGUAACCGUGUGGGUAGGAAAGAGUCAAAAGCGGCGGUGUUAUCCUUACCUGUGCUAGUGGAUGAAGGAGGUAUGUACUCACUCACUCACUUCCUUCCUUCCUUCCUUCCUUCCUUCCUUCCUUCCUUCCUUCCUUCCUUCCUUCCUUCCAUCCUUCCAUCUUUCCAUCCUUCCUUUCUUUCUUGCUUUCUUGCUUGCUUACUUACUAACUUACUUGCUCGCUUGCUUGCUUGCUUACGUAUCUCCUAAUCUACCUACAUAUUUGCUUAACUACUUAUUUACUCUCGUUCUUACUUGUAAGAAGAUGCAUGUAAUCUUGGACUUCCUGCCAUUCCUGAAAGUUGAAUUUAUUCACAAACACAAAAAGAUUGCUUAAAAAAUCUUGUCAGUGGAUACAGGUUGUAAUCAUUGCCAUUGUCUUUCGGCUUUAGUUUGAAGCUAUUGGAGAAAAAAAAAAAAAAAGAGGAGGUCUUUGGCCAAAGUGAUGCUUCUUCCAGUCUAACACCAUGUAAACAGGUUUCAAGGUUGAAGUUUAAGUUUUCAAGUUUCAAGUUUAUUCAGAAUAUAUAAAAACUAUUACAAUCAAAUCUGACUGACCGUGCAAGUAGAGAUUAUCAAAAUAACAGUUUUUAAAAAGAAAGAGAAAAACUUAGAAGUAAUGUUUCCACAUUAAAUUAAAAAAAGUAAAACUAAUUAAAGGACAAAAAAAAAAAUUAUGAUGAUAGGUACUAGAUAUGUAUAGAGAGAGAAGACUUGUGAGUUAAUAUUUUUUAAGUUUUACCAUGAAAUUGUCAUUAUCUAUAUAGUUGUCUUCGGUUUAUGACAAACCUCAUAAACUAUCGUCCAGCGGCUAGUUACUGUAGAACGCUCUUGAUUAAGAAGGUAAAAAUACUGACCGUGUAAAAAAAUAGAUAUAUUUUCUUUUUUAGACGAUCAAAUACCAACUACUGGUAAGGCGCCACUGAACCAAAGUGCACAUAUUGGGUCCAACGUAACAUUGCCAGUGCCAUUGGAUGAAGAAGGUAUGUACUCACUCACUUAUUUCCUUCCUUCCCUCCAUCCUUCCUUUCUUGCUUUCUUGCUUGCUUACUUUUGAGAAACCAACCUCAGCCGAGUUAAACAAAAUGUGAGUGAAAAUGUACUGCAGAGUAGACUUUUUAUCUUAUGUUUUUUUUCGCAGUGAAAGGGACAUCUUAUUUGCUCUCCGGUAAUAAAGAACCAAGCUCCAGUACUAUUUUAAUUGUUGGGUUAUGUCUUGGGGUCCUCGCGUUGGUUACUUGCGUGGUUAUAGGACUGUUGCGGUAUCGAAGGUCGAGACGUGCUAAAGAGGUAAACCUUAGUGACAUUUACAUGACAUACAAGUGUCACACUAACGUUAGCAAGCAUUAUUGAUGACCAUAUUUAAAAAUAAUUUUUAUUUGAGCUUGCUUAGCAGCGAGACUCUGGAGACCAUGGAAACUGGGGAUAAGAAUCGUCACGUGUCAGAGCGCCAAGCAUCCUUGUGAAGAAAGUUUAGAAAAGAUUAAUGCGGAAGAUGUCGAGCUUUUCCGGAAAGGGUCCGUCCACGAAUUCUAUCGCUUAAAAGCAUUGAUUACUUUCUAAUAAGGGAAUACUUCAGUGGUCGAAAAAAUAAGAAUCUUUAUGAGCAAACCUUCGAUAGCUCCGGUUUUGUAAACUUUCAUUGUAUGCAAAUGAGUCUUGUGACGAGCAUGCAAGUUAUUUUCGGCGAUGACUGAAAUGACGCGCCGUGUUCAUCACGUUUUUGCGCUUUGGCAAUGAUGUAAUUUCGCUCGAAUUGAGGCCCUUAAUUUUCGUCCAUUUAUAUACGCGUACUCAAACAAUUCAGAAACAAGUCGUCGAACACGGUAUGAAACGUAAAUAUCCCAAGGAAUACUCGACCGUCGAUAAAGUAGGACGUGAAAAAUGUUUAGCGAGGAAAUCCUGUUUCGUGUAGAAUUAAUCGCCUCCUCAUUUCUUAUCUCAGGGGCACCCAACGGCAAUUUUCGGGAAAAUAUCUGUUCGGAAGACGAUUUGAGAUCUACAAUUUUCGGAGCAUUUCUUGUAAAAUUUCUUGCUUGCCUGCCUUUCCUAGUAUUUUCGAACAUCUACAAAAUGGUAUAAUUACUCAUUUUUAACGGAUUUUGACCCUAAAAAAGGCCACCUAGAAUUUUCGAGAGCCUUUUCCUGGCUAAAAUUUUCGAGAAGGUAAGUUUUAAUCCCUAUAAUUUUCGGAUCACUAGACUUUCAGCUAGGAAAUCCGAACAGAUGAAAAGUUUUUAGGGGAUAAAAAUAUGCCUAUAUCUACCGUUUGAAUACUAAAAUACGUUCAACAAUGCUAUGUUAAGUGGUUUUGAAUUAUAUCCUCGUUGGGUGCCCCUGUUAUCUAAUCUCCAAGCGAGCUCUACUAACCUUUUAAGAGUGUUCUUGUAACAUCCAUUUCAAGUCAAUAAUAGGUAAAAAACCGCUGUAUGGCUAUAUUUAUGACAGCUGACAAUAACGUAGGACGCAGUAAGGAAAGGAAGAUAUUACAGAGAGGAAAAGAAAAAAGCUAAAAUGUGCAAACUUUCAAAAACUCUUUCAUAAUUCAUGAGCUCAACAACCGAUCACGUCCGCUAAACUCAGUCACGUGCCCGUGUUAUAAACCCCGGUAAAACACUGUCAAACUUUAAAAAUUUCAUCCUUAUUAGUAUUCUUUAUAUACAAAAUACUAAUAAGGAUGAGAUUUUAUUUCAUUUGCACGUGACCUAUGAAUAUUAAUUAUCAGGACAGCAACUGAUACGAAAAUGUUGGGUAAAAAUUUAAUGUUCUUUCAAAAUAACACACGCAGUAAAUUUACUAUUGCAAAAAAAUUAAGGGCUUUGUUCUUUCACCAAUUUAAUCAGCCAAGAGUUCAGUGACACAGCGGUAAUAUUGGGUAGCAGUGUCCAAGCGUUGCCCUCAAGAGUUGCAAGUUGUGAAUACGCAAGGCUCGAGUACCGGAUUUUUGUUUACCAACCAUUCGGCCACUCCAGAAAAAGUUUUUCAAAGAAUACUUUUUCAGUAGAAUAGUUGACUUUGGGGUACCAUUUUAAAUUAACGUCCUCUCUUCCUCGGCAUAUUUAGGCUUCCGAAAAGCUCUGGAACAAGACGUUAUGUCCUCUUCGGUUAGUGUCGUUCGUAGACUUGAAAAUUUCUAAACACGUGCGAGAUUUGAUUUUCUUACAUAAUAAUUUCAUACGUAAUGUUUUUUUCGUAUGCUAAUUUCCAACGUUCACAAAAGCCUCAUUGUUUUCAACUCCAUUGAAACACGCUUUUCCAGGAAUCUUUUUGAAGUCGUUCAAUAAACUCGCGGGUCGGGUUUUAGAGGGGUAUAAAGGCACGAGGCGAGGCUUGGCCCCCCUGCCUACCUAGAUCUAACAAGAAAGAACCCUUCUAGGAAUACAUUAGUGAAACUGAGAAUAAGCAGUCACAAACUUAAGAUUGAAACAGGUAGAUACGACAAUAUACCACGUGAUGAAAUGUUAUGCAGUCCACGAUGAGCCGCAAGCAGUAAAAUUUCUGUCCCGUAAUUUAAUCAGUUAAAUCAUCAAAGUUGACAGGUCUUUCUGAUGAUCAAAGCGACCGUUCGGUUUACCAUUUACACCUUCAGUGCGAAGACUGUCACGGGAACAUUAACACCUUCAGGAUAAUUGCUUACCAUAACAGUGGUAGGUCGCGCGCGUCUGGUCGGUUUUCGAAGAACGUGAUCGUGACUGUUGUUUUCAUUCAGUGACUGUGCGCGUUGAUAUGCCAACGUUUAAAACAGACUGCAAAAUUAAAUUUUUGUUAUAAAAGCAAAGAAGCUGCCGAGUAGAAACUAAACCGUUCCAGACUUAUUCCGUUUCAUUCGUGUACUUUCAUUUUGAUGGGGGUCUGUAUGAUGAAUUUACUUCUGCCUUCUAAUCCGGCACGUAAACAACAUAGAGAUAAAACAUUCAUUUUGCCUUUGUGGAGUAAAUUCAUCUUAAAAAAGUUAAACUAGUGGACCACUUUCUCCGCGUACUUGUAAAAAUAGGCAUUUAAUAUGUCGCGCUACAGUGCGAAAAUCUUCUUGUCGUGGAUUAGAUUUCAGUAUACCUAUUGUUAAUCUUCAUUUCGCGCCAGAAUAAAUUAGUUUGCGCGCAAAGGGCGUCUAAAAAAAUCACAAGGUUUGUCCCACGUCGAGUCCACCUUCUGGAGAUACGCCGGCAUGGUAGCUGGAAUACAUUGCCAAGGCGAAGAUCUGGCAUUUUUUCCUCCUCGUCUUUUUUUCCCCGCAACGUUUGUUUAUAUUUGUAGUGAGAAUGCCGUGAAUAUCGGUGGAUUUUACUUCAGUCAAGCGGCUUCAGUUCCUGCGGCUUGCUACUCAUCAUAAAGAAGAGUGCCGGAAUCGCUUUGUUCGCCUUUAACAGAUUUGUUGUCGAAUGCAAGGUAAAAGAACGGACUGCUGUAAGGUAAGAAUUGAAGUUUAAAUUUGUUUCUCGGCGAAAAAUAGUGCAUACAACUCGUGAAACCCGUGAGUAUUACCUCUGUUUAAUAUACCGGAUGUCAUGCGAUGACCCCUCGCUUUUACGAUGGAUAAGACGGAUACGAACAAUAAUUUCUUUCGCAACGUUUAGUAUAAUUUAUUUAGUAUGGAGAUCAUCUGAGAACGAUUUUUCGUUAUAUAUGCUUCAUUUCUUGGCUUAUUCCGGCUACGUGCGAAAAAUUAGAUGACAAUGUUUGUGUGCUAUAAUUAUACUGAUAAUUUCUUGCACCUUGAAACUCAUGAAAGCCAAACUUGUUUAACCCUAGCAAAAAACUCUUUUAAUGGAGGAACUCAACCUGAUAGUUGCACUAAAAUCUGAUAAUUGUCACUGCAUUUGCAGGCUCUCUGUAACCUCGUGGGUAGAACAUACCUGAAGGUUACGUUAAUAAUAAUCACUGCAUUUGCUCUCUGUAACCUCGUGGGUAGAACAUACCUGAAGGUUACGAUAAUAAUAAUCUUUGCAUUUUCUCUUUGUAACCUCGUGGGUAGAAUAUACCUGACGGUUACAUUUAAUAAUAAUCACUGCAUUUUCUCUCUGUAACCUCGUGGGUAGAACAUACCUGAAGGUUACGUUAAUAAUAAUCAUUGCAUUUUCUCUUUGUAACCUCGUGGGUAGAAUAUACCUGACGGUUACAUUUAAUAAUAAUCACUACAUUUGCUCUCUGUAACCUCGUGGGUAGAACAUACCUGAAGGUUACGUUAAUAAUAAUCAUUGCAUUUCUCUUUGUAACCUCGUGGGUAGAAUAUACCCAAUGGCUACAUUAAUAAUAAUCACUGCAUUUGCUGUCCGUAAACUCGUGGGUAGAGUAUACCUGAUGGUUACAUUAAUAAUAAUCAUUGCAUUUUCUCUUUGUAACCUCGUGGGAAAAAAAAUUAAUGCCUCUCUCCUGGAAAUUUUGCCCUGUCCUUUCAGCAUAGUGAUCUUUGGGUAGCGAAUUCACGUAAACAAGUAAAACGCUUUUUUUUAACAACAGUAUUUAUAUUACUUGGCUUUUUGAGGGAGGUUAAACAUUAAUGGAAUAGAAUAUAAAAAAGCUCAUAAAGCGGAAAAAGUUAUCUUUACAAAAUGCGCUUUGACAAUGUCAAGGAGUGAAAUAAGCUGAGGUUUUGUAGUUAGCCCGAAGAAAACCUGUUCCUGCAUGAAAAGCAGUUCUUACUCCCUUCUCUUAACUAGAAGAGAUGCAUAUCCCUGUGAACCAGUUUUUUAACCAGGAGCGAUUCCCGCUCACUUCUCAUACUUUAUUGACACGAGUUCCUGUUUCAAUAUAUGUCUAAUUCAAGCUUAGCCGCGUGGUAGCUCUUCAUUAGCGAAAAGGUCCAAGUGAUAUUUUGAUUGACGUGUUGUUUUGGAUCCUGAGGUUUUUUAACACCUUUUCUCUAGCUUAACUGGCGAAGAUAUUCUAGGAAUUUGCCCUUCAAUUCCAAAUUCUUUGAUGUGCCGCCAGAUGCCGUGCAAAAAUAUCACCCCUUGCGGCUCCUCGUGUCUGCAAUUGUAACAGAAUUGAAGAUGAAACUUUUUAUUAGAUUGUCCAAGUUUUUCUUUGAUAAGAGAGAUGUUUUUCCCUAAACUAGAACCUAAAAUACCGUUUCUACGACUACAAUCACAUGAGACCUUAUUAUCACAUCUAAUAAAUUCUAGUGACUAUUUUAUUAAAAUCCAAUUAAUUUCAAUUAUAUUAUCUUGCUUUGAAUUGAGAGACAAAGUUGUCUCCGGAAUAAUUAAUCCUACUGAUGGUUGAAAAUAAGCAAUGAUUAAUAUAUUUAGAAUUAUUUUAAAUAUUUGAUUCAAAAAGGAAUCAGUAAUUAAAUUCAAGUAGCUUUUGCAAUACUGUUAUAUACCAGGGGCACCCAACGUCAGUUUUCGGAAAAUAUCUGUUCGGAAGACGAUUUGAGAUCUAAUAUUUUCGGAACCUUAGUUGUAAAAUUUCUUGCUUACUUGCCUCUCCUAGAAUUUUCGAACAUCUAAAAAAUGGUACAAUUGCCCUUUUUUAACGGAUUUUUACCCUAAAAAGGUCACCUAGAAUUUUCGGGAGCCUUUAUUCUGGCUGAAAUUUUCGAAAAGGUAAGUUUUGAUCCCUAUAAUUUUCGUAUCACUAGACUUUCAGCUAGGAAAUCCGAACAGAUGAAAAAUUUUUAGGCGAUAAAAAUAUGCCUAUAUCUACCGUUUAAAUGCUAAAAUACGUUUAACAAUUCUAUGUUUAAGUGGUUUUGAACUAUAUUCUCGUUGGGUGCCCUUGAUAUACUUUGCUAUAGUCAUGGAUGCAAAUAAAGCUUGUUGUUGUUGUAACAUAAUACCACGCCGAAAGUCCGAGAGUCAUGGUAGAAGUGAAAUGCUGAAAAUUGUGUUAUCAUUACAUUAGGAAGGUUUUUAAUCGGAACAAACGAUACGGCAUUUUAAAAAUGUAGCUGAUGUGAAUACACUGUAUAGGCAUAUGCACUUUUUUAAGGAGCGAAGAUAUUUCGUGUACUUCACCGCUCCAGUCUCUCUAUGACUUAAGACUUAAGGGAAGCAAUGUUUAAUUCUCUUUAGUUUGUCUUUGGUUAAUAGACAAAUGACUUGGAAUCAUCCAGUCUCGCUAUGGAGAGACUAAAUGAAGACUCCGAGAUUUCACCAGAUGACACAGAAAACAUUAGUGGCAUUACAGAUGCUGUUCCAGAGGAAGACAGAGUACAGCUCCUCGUUGGCCCCGCAACUGAAAUAGCUUCUGUAUCAAGACAGUCUGAUGGUAUUUACAUUAAAUACUCAUGACAGAAUUUUCACUGCUAAUCACUCGUCUCCCCCGCACUUGUCUCCUGCAUAGCUAGCCUACGUGGCAGGCGUUAAAAAGGGAAGGGGAAGGGGGAAUUUGGGCGCGCGAGGAAGAAAGGAAGGAAACACGUACAAGGAGACCAUUGUUUUCUCCAUUUUUCACGCUCAGAUUCUGAGCGUGAAAAUAGUGAUUGGUCAGAAUUAAUUAAAUGUCAAUCUUUGACUUAAUACCUUUUUCCGAUUGGUUGAAAACAACAUCAAGCCAUUUGAGUAACUAAACAUACGUUGUUAGUGAAGCGCGAUGAGAUUUCUCUACGGGAAUUCAUCGUUACAAGGCAUCAAUUUCAGCUUGAAAGGAGAAUAGAAAGAAGCAGUUAAAGAACCGUAUGAAGGUUUUGAAAAAUAUCAUCUCCCAACGGCUUGUCGGUUUUACUCACUAGAAGAAAGAAAGAAAAAAAUCAUUGUGACUGUGUGCGCGUUAUCUGCUAAUUGACCCGCAAUAUCAACAGCAAGGUAGUUGAAGACGAACCCUCAGCGAUUUUUGGUUGAGGACUUCUUGCUGGUUAUAAAACCGACAUGAACUUACUUUAAUAAUGAAUUGCUGCAUUCUUGCAGACCUUCGAAGUUCAGCUCCCUGCUACCAGCGUUCUUUUGUGUGCUCCGCUGGAUCCAAUUGGUCCUGUUAGAAAUUCAAAGAGUCACGGCAAAGUGUUUUAAUUUUUCUCAGACAAACAUUGCAUUGAAAGUUGCCAAGUGCCACAACAUUUCUUGUCAAAUAGUUUUCCAGCCCGAUUCCUUCAGCAACAACUUGAAUUGGAUUUAUGUUGGAUUUUAUGUCACUCGGCACGCGCAACUUUCAAGGAAGAUUCCUUCAAUGGACGACCGCAUUUGCACUUUUUUAUAGUACCUUCACUUUAGAUUUCUUUUUAUACGAAAACAAAAGAAAAACAUUGCUAGAAAUACGACUAGAAGACGUGCAUCGUGGCCAGACUUAUUUGACAGCUAGUCAUUCACAGUUGCGUUAUUUGUGUUAUUUUUUUUAAUUAGUAGGCGGAAUGGCGAAAACAAUGGCUUGCUUUCAGGCGUUCCCCUCCUCCCUCCUCCCUCGCGCGCGGUCUCGCGCCCUAAUUCCCUUCCCCUUCCCUUUCGAACACCUGCCACGCAGGCUAUUGCGUAGCUAGAAAAUAGCGGUUGCGUUGCAUGGAGACUAUGUUAUAACAGGUUGCCCACUUAAAGUUUCUUGCUUCUUUAACUUGAAAUUGCGAAAAGAAAAUGUUAAUAAUCAAAAGCUGAUACGGAAAAUAGCCCAUUUUCUCGUCUGAAAUUCCACUGAGCUACAGUAGAUAUACCGAUGCAAUUGUGAAUGAUGUGACGUCCUCGGUUGCCGUCAUCAAUGCUAUCCAUUCAUGGUUUUCACGCAAGCGUCAACCAGAACAAAAAAAUUGAAAAAAAAAGACGUCAUAAUAACUCAAUUCAUUGAUAAUAUUUAUCCUUUUCUGAUUGGCUCGAAUCCCCUGAAAAAUUCUUCAUAACCGUAUAAUACUACUGCAUGAAAAAUUUUUGCAACUUGAUUGGCUCGGAGCAGUGUAUUUCUGCUUAAUUUGAAAUACCUACUAUGAAAAUUACACAUGUUUUGCGGGUAGUAGUAUAAACAAAUAAUAGCAUGUUUUGUACGUGAUAUUUGGCAUAAAUACCACUUGUGAUAUUUUAAAAUUGCCUCAAACUUCACUCGCCUAUCGGCUCAUAUGACAAUUCUGAAAUAUCACUAGUGAUAUUUGUGCCAAAUAUCGCUACAAAUCAUGCUAUAUACAAAUAACGUCAAUCUCCUAUACUUAAUAUUCCUUUGUAUCCUGAAUUUGCGGAGGAGCGAACAACUAAUGACCGGAAUUUAACAUCGUUCAAGGUAUAUAAGCUAGGGUGUGAAUUGUUUGGAAUGUAUGCUUAACACGCUUGGAAAUUUUGACCUAAAAUUCGGCCAACUUUUCGCGGCCGCGCGGAGGAUUGGGUCCAUGUGAAUCAAAAAAAAAAGAUGGCGGCUCAAAGGGAACCUUACCAAGUGGAAAUAUUAGUGGCAUUAAAGGAGCAUUAAAUCGCCAGAAGUCGAAUUUUUCCUGGCGGAUUUCAAAUGUACAUAAGCUGAGAGAUCUAGAUCAAACAUUUCAAGCGCUAGGGAAAGUGGCUGAGGCUGUUGUGAAGGGAAAAUACGGUCCCCUUCGGGAUCGAUAAGCAUGAAAUUUGUCCCAUAUCUUCCACGUUGGAGCGCACAAUGAUACGUGCUAAGAAAGGAAUUUAUCGCCGACUUAGUCCGCGGAUGAGUAAAAUCCAUCCUUGGAUGAUUUGUUUUGACGUCCCGAUGCCACAGGAAGUGUUCAAUUGAAUUUAUUGAAUAAAGGGGUUGUAAAUCUUUCACGUUUUGGUGUAGAUGUUUUGGAGCAGCCUUAUUCAGUCACAAUAACAUUCUCAAGUAUGAGAAGACUGUGUGCCCUAUUUAAUAAAUUUGAGGACUGCCAAGGAUUCACAAAGAAGCUAGGAGUUGGAAAAGGGGAAGUGAAACUCAUUGUUGAUGAAAGGAAGAAUGGAAUUAUGAAAUAUAAAUAUAAAGAAGAAAUGUUGGAAUUGAAAUUACAUUAUGGCCAUUGGAAUGCCUUUGGUAUCCUUCAUCAUUGAAGAGGGAACAGUGUUUUCUAUACAGUUACUAAUGAGUUGAGGUAGCAACAUAUAUAUAUAUACGUUGUAGUUAGUUUUUUUAUCUCAAGUAAUUUUUAUUUUUCCUUUAUUUCAUCUUUAUUACCAUACCUAAAAACCCUGAGUGGAAUACCAAUGAAGACAAUUGGCAGAAGUCGCAUUAGCAACUUGGGAUCAUUUGAGUCACCCUGAAUUGCUUUCACUAGAUACAUAAAGCCAUGCAAGAUUAGGCGGGAAUCUUUACCAGUUAACCUGUAAGUGAAGUCUUUAUCUUUAGCUCUAUCCUCAAAGAGCCACCUACCUAGUUGUUUUUUCAUUCUCCCUGCUUUAACAUCUUGUUCCAUGGCCUUUAAAUAUCUGGACAUUGCCGAAUUGGAGGGCAAAUCAUCAAGACUAUUUAAUUUUUGGGGGAGGUUACUUACAGAAAUAGCAAGAUCAAGUAACAUUGCAUGAAAAUGUUGGACACUAUUAUUCUUAAGGUGAAGUGGUUCAACAACUUCCUUGUCACAUAGCUUACCAAUUAAUGGUUUGAAUUCUUGUCUGGAUUUUUUUACAGCAAUAAAUUGAGUUACUUUGGAUCUCUUUGUUGAUACUGCUAAAUGACUAGGUAUUUUUUUCUUGAAAUCUUCAAUCUGUUUUGCAACUUUGAUUCUUUCUGCAUACUGCCAAGGUUUCCACUUACAAUCAUGAGAUUCUCCAUACUUCCCAUUCAGUGCAUUACAGUCAUCUUUGGAGACAUUAGCAAAGCUAGAAAAAUAUUUAGCUGCAUUACUUAAUUCCCCAUUUAUAUAUGCAUGGAAUUUCAUAUCUCCUGGCAGGAGAUCAGAAGAAAAGGUGACAUUCUUACCCAAUACUGUGUAAGAUUUGCUCUCUAUUUUUUCCAUGUCUGCAGCAAGUUUCACUGUAAAACGAGAAACGACCAUGUGGUCCUCCUUACAAUUAGCUCCAAAUAACAAAAAAUUGUCAUUGGGACUAGCUACCCUGGGCCCCACAUUCAAAAAACUUAUCAGCCAUGACAUAGAUUGAUCCCAUUUCCCAAAAGGAGCCCCAUCACCCCCUAUGGCAAUUUUAAAUGCUCCCUCCCUCUCACUGAACCACACCAGUUUAUCCCCAGGUUUCCUGUACUGAUCAGUCUCAAAAUAGAACUUGGCCAGCAGAAGUAGAAAGUUUUCCAGGUUUCUAUAGACCCCAUCAACCUGCUGAUCAGGUGGAAGGUCAUGGCAUAGGGUUUCCCUUAUUGAAUAAAAUUCCCCCACAUCAAUUUUUUUUUAUUAACAACCCAUAGGGAAGGAGUUUAGGAAUUGGGAUACCCAUACCAAACAAAACUCUUUCUUUGACACAGAACCUAGUUUCUUGGUGUGUUUCUUAGUAUUUUUCAUAACAAGAGCUGAUUUUGUUUGUUCAUAUUUUACCUUUCCCAUCAAUCCUCCUGCAUAAAGCAUAGAAAGUGAACGAAUGACAUUAUGAUCACUUUGCUCAUACUGCUUAACCUGAGGUUUUAUUACUGCUAGACUAGCUUUUCUCAUCUUUUUUGAUGAAGAAAAGUAUUUAGAUAGAGCUGCUGUCUUCGCAUAUUUAGUCAGCGUAGAAAACAUGCCAUCCAAGCCUGGGGACCUGUCUUCAACAGAUCCACCAUUUACCUCUGUUGCUGCAACCAACGUUUCAAGUUGUCUUCUGCUGGCACUUCGCUGCGGCACGUUUAGCUUUCCCUCAUCAGUGAGCACAGUUGGACUUUUUUUUCUUAGAGUGGAUGUGUUAGCUGUCACUUCAAAAACUAACCUUCUUUUAGUCUUGACAGCGGGAAGAUCAACUUUUACCAAAUCAACAUUUUAUUUUAUGCGAGUUUUCUGCAAGUUCAAGAACGUAAGUUAACCCUUUAAGCCCUAUGAAUGAUCAGCAUCAAAUUUCUCCUUGUGAUAUAAAUACUUUGUUAAACAGAGUGGUCAGGAGAAUUGCGGACAUGAUCACACAAGAUGAAUUUGCUUGAUAUUUUAUCAACUUCUUCCCACUACUUCUGUACGAAAUGAAUGUAGCGAAUUUAACUUAGAGAACAUUUACUCUGGAGUAAAUUUUAGCGGAUCGAUGGAAAAAUCGCAAAAAUAAGAACCCGCAAAAUUUUCGUGCCACACGGUAGUCCUCUCCUUUUACUAAAAAAACCUUUUUCAAGCUAAAUUUACCUUAUUCUUGAGUCGCUGAAGUCUUUUUUUUAAGGUACAAAUUCCUUUGAUUUCAAAAGGUACUCCGCUCGAAGCGUAGCCCUCUGCUUACUGAGCUCCCCAACAGGAAAAUUUGACUUGCAUUUCUUCGAUGUAGUGCUCUUUCUUCGUGACUUGCUCCCUAUGUAAACCGCUCAGCGAACCAUAUAAACGCAAAAAUCUCUAAGAACCAGAGGCAUCCGGUAAAAAACCAAAACGAGGAAAACACAGCCGAGGUUUCAGGUCUUCUGUUUACGAUAUCAUACCUGGCAAUAAUACGUUUCCCAGCGAGAAAAUUUUCGACAAAAAUACUCAGUUUUUCUUGAAGGACUGCGAACUCAGUGUGCAUGAAACAGAGAGUAAAAGUACAAGGAAAAAUUUUGCAGAAGAAAGAUGUAAACGCAUGCAAAUCGCAUAUCAACAGAAAGCUUAAAGCCUGUAGAAAUUUGUUUUUGAGUGGGAAAAACUCCCCUAGUACCCAUUCCUCCGCAAAUGGCCAAAUUCUGACCAGGACUCUUGAGCGAAAAUGGCUGCCAAAUGACCGCGCUAUAGAACUGCUAAUUAGGGACUGGAAACUGGGGACACUAAACUUGGCCAAAAUUGGCACAAAAAUCUCCAAGCGUGUAAAUAGUUGUUAGAUUAGGCUUCCGUAUGAUCUGAAGAAUUAGGAGGAUGUUAGAGGGUGUUAUCCACCUCGACGGAUAACGCCCUUCUCGAUCUUCUCAGCCGUAUCCAAUACUCGCUGGAUAUGCGAUGUUAACAUUUUCCCUUUCGUAAGCGGCUAGUUUCAAGCAAUUUUUUUUUUGUCGAUGGCAUUGUCAUAAUUAGCUACCACCGGCUACUUGAUGUUGUUCCUUUCUUGUUUUAGGGGAAUUUUCUGUUGACCUGCCAAGAAGCCAGCUUGAAACACCUGAAUCCAUUCUAACACUCGGAGACGUACCUCCCGAGGGAGAGCCGAAGCCUUGCAGGCUGUUGACGCAGGACAGUGCUUAUGACAGCGGGGGAAGCCAAGAGAGCGUUUCCUUAGAACAUGACAAUGCCUUUGACGGAGAAAGGUACAUCGACUGUAUCAAGGGCAUAAACAUAGUAAAUUAGCAGUAACCUCCGCGGUCUAUUGUCGACUGUAUUUGUAGGAAGAUGUACAGUUGUACGUACCUGUGAGAAUCCAUAGUACAUUAUUUUUCUAAAGAAUUUUGCAUGCGAACUGAACAAUCAUUGUAACCCCCGUGAGAGCACACUAUUAACUAAUUCAUUUCGCAUACCUUUCAUGAUGAAAGUCACAAACGUGAUUUAACAUAUCUCCCUCAUGAAGGCAACAUGAUGUGCGGAACCGGCUACAUGUUGUCAAAUCGCCACCCAUUGCCUGCACCCGGUCACAUAAGUGUAUUAAUCUGGAUGCCAAAGGAUUAAAUUCUAGCCGGCCUCGCAUGACCAAAGCUUGUCCUCAAAUCUUUUUGCGCGUCAAUGGUACUAAUAUUAUCUUUAGAGUGUCAACAAUUUGAUUAAUUUACAAAUGCAUUACUGCUCAGUAAUGUCUACACUAUAUUAGUCAGUAGUCAAAUGCUUUUGCUACCUCUUCUAACAGAAAAAAUUUUUCUGUUGAAAUGAAAAUAUUUAUAGCGUUAUAUCAAAGGAGAAUGAAGAAAGGUGGGAAAUUGACAUGAAGAGACUAAAAGUGUCUGACUUCGUGCUUGGAGAGGGAGAAUUUGGAGUUGUUAAAAGAGGUACCUAUCGCGGACUUGAUGGAAGGACCUGUAAUGUCGCAGUAAAGCAGUUAAAAGGUAUCACUUGAAUUAAGAACGUUUUUUUAAUACUCGGGAAAAAUUUUGUUCGCAAAAUUAAUCAGUUGCACUAUUUUUUAAAAAAUAAUGCCAUUCUCCGCAAUGAAACCUGCAACUGAACCGGACGCUAUGUACUUCACUAUUUUCUUUCUUCCACUGACUUUAAAUUUUAUUUCCGAUUAUUAAAUGAUAAAUAGAAUGAUAUGUGUGGAGAUUAGAAAUUCAGAACAAACUCUGAGUUCCAGAAUUUUAACAGAUAAAAUUAUAUUAUCAUGGCAGAUAUUAAAAACUAACCUGAUUAAUCACUGGGCUUUUCUAUACAGAUGGCACAAGUAUCACUGACAAAGAUGAUCUGUUAGGGGAAAUACAGAUGUUAAAACAAGCUGGAUGGCAUCCAAACAUCGUUGCUUUAAUAGGCGCAUGUACUCAAAAGGGUAUGUCUGUAUAUCCUUCCGCAUUAUCUGUUAACACUGAUUUAAGAGGGCUCAAUUUUCAUUUCUUUAUCAAUUUAUUAUUUUUCUAGAGGAGAUUCUUUUGGUGACUGAACUUAUCCCUAAUGGAAGCCUGGAAAAAUUCCUGAAAUCAAAGCGGAUGGUAUGCGUUCCUGGCGAAGCGAGUACAUAUGAAAAUGUGCAUUUUGGGUUAAACGACCGGGAGUUACUUGUUAUUGCAUAUCAAAUUGCUAUGGGAAUGCAACACUUGGAGGAGAAAAAGGUAUGAAGUGACAGAAGUUCUAUUACUCUUCUUAAGCGCGUUGUAUCAGUAAUUGAUAAAUUCAGAAAACCGUUAAAGCCAGAAAUAGUCUGUGUUGGAAGGAAAAGCUAACCAGGCGUGAGAAAACUAAACCUCAACCUUGAGGGAUUUAAGUCGCUGGAAAAAUCGACCAUAGGACAGAAUAAAACUAUUCCAAGCCAAGGAAAUUCAGUCUUUGAUAAAAUUUAAUUUUGGAAAUGCUCUCUUCCAUUCUCAAAGGAUGGUACUCUUUCCGCCUCACUGAGCCUCUCCGUUUGCUUGCCACAUUGGUGAUUGAAAAUUAAGGGGCUGCCCGCAUUCUAUAAACCAUAUUGUACGCGCGUUAUGUAUAUUGAUAACUAGACCAUAGUGUAUACUUGUAUUGUAACUGACAUAAAAGAAUAAAAAUUAGACCCUUUCAAAAGCAGAGGAGGGGAAGGGAGGUCGAGUUCCUCUCGUGGUUGAACCAUCACUAUUUGGAUAUCAAUUAAGAAUCUAAGAGAUGACCGUCACAGGUCGCCCGGCAGUUUUAUAUCCCAUAAUAUUAACUUCAUUUAGUGGAGCGUCUAUGAAAAAAAAUAAACCAAAACAAAACAAACAGACGAUUGAAGGUCUGCGACCAAACUUGCCACUCUUUGGUCAGGAAAUUGACCACCCCUGAAAAUACCAUAACAUACCAUAACGCUCUUUGUUUGUCACCCCAAAAUUUUGCAUAAGCAUAGUUUUCAGUUUCUCUUGAGGCCAUUUUAACUCCCAAGAGAAAUUGUAGACAAACAAAGAGCAUGACAAACAAAGAGGGGUGACAAACAAAGAGCAUUAUGGCAUGUCAUGGUAUUUUCUGUAGCGGUCAAUUGUUUGUUCUUGAAAUUGCACCUCUAUCAGGACUAAGAUAGCCUCCUAUGCAGAUCGUUCUCAAGCGUUCUCACUUAUUUCGCAGUUAUCUUUUGUAUGUUUGAGUCUCUCCCUGUAGCUAUUUACAUUUUAUACUUUUGCUAUUAUAAUUAGAGGGUCGAUUCUAUUUUUUUCUAGCGUAUUCAUCGCGACCUUUCAGCUAGAAAUGUCUUCAUUGGCGAAAACCUCGUGGCGAAAGUUGGUGACUUUGGAUUGGCAAGGGAUAUCUCAUUCGAUGGCAUUUACACCAAAACAUCCUCUGUAAGUACAUGUUAGUUCGGGAAUCGCUCUUUUUCUAGUAUCCUUAGUUUAACCAUACUAUCCAAGUACGCUAGCACAAAGUUCUUUACUUCUACCUUUUCUUUUUCCUAACCUACUGUCUGUAGCUUCUAAAAAGAGAUUUGUUUUUUCUUCUACAGGGUAAAGUACCUUGGAGAUGGAUGGCGUUAGAAUCGUUAAAAGAUCGUGUAUAUACUUCCAAAAGUGACGUGUGGGUGUCCUAACUGCUUGUGUCCAAUCGUUAAGGUCAUUUCGAUUUUUUUUCAAGUAAUUCCAUACCAUUUACUUAUGUAUGUAAAUUGAAUUAUUCUUUGACUUAUAUUGAUAUCUUUCUGUUUCUUUCGUUUCCUUAAAGAUGGUCGUAUGGUAUUGUGUUGUGGGAGAUUGCCACUUAUGGUGGGUAUUAAAAGUAGACAAACUUCUAUGUUGUCUUCUAAUUACGAUAUAUAAAACUUACCAUUUUAUAUAUAACAAAUACGUUCCGUAGAGUAUUAGUAACACCAAAAACGAAUACAAACAUAUCACGAUAUUUUGUUCUAGGGAAUAGGCUAUUUAUAUUCUUGAAGAUCGGUUUGAGAAGUAUUUUUUGCAAACGCUGUGCAUGGUGGAACAUUCAUAUUUUCCAGAAAUAAAAAAUGCGAGCGAAAUUGUAAGCCUAAAUAUUACCGAAUUUCUGUCUUGAGUAAACUUGCCUGAAGAACAUGAUCGAAAAGCAAAAUUUAAAACCAAGAUUAUGAGCUAGGUAGAACACAAUGAAGUUGACAAUAGGCCUGACUGUGUUUUACAGUUACACGUGGAGACGAGGCUGGGUUGACCUAAUUAUGUUAAAUCAGUUAGUUGUUAUGCUAACUACUAUUUUUUAAAUAUAAUAAUCAUGAGAAAAGGAAACUGUUUGUAUCAAAACAAGGCCAACGUCAAUCUCACAUUCACUAAAAGGCUAAGGGUACCAAGCUCAUAACUGUAAAAUAGUCUAUUGUCCAUGAAGUACUUCCCCUCAGAGGAACUGACCAUGUAUUUGAUCAAGGAAAUCAACAUAACACACUCCAAAAACUCUUCAAAAACCUGUCGUCAUUAUUUCCAACCAAGAUGAAUUAUCAAGUCCGUUGUUGCACGUCAAUUUAUUCUUUGAAACUCCCUGACAAACUCCUUGACUUUGCGGAAGAUGUUUCUUUCUUGGCUUUGCAAAUCGAUUUUUCACGAAAACCGGAAAGCCAUUAUAAGCCCUAUACUAAGCUGUGACGAAAUGUGUUGCUCGAAAAAAGACAGUUAACCAUCUUGACUUUUUUAAUUUUUUUUUUGUUUCAGAUCAAUCAUUUAAAACGUCGAAAACUUAUUUUAAACAGGUCAGACAUUCUCAUUAUAAGUAAACGUUUUUGUUGUUGUUUGCUUUUUGUUUGCUUGUUUGUUUGUUUGUUUUUUCUUUAGUUCGUCUAAGUCGAUGGAAUAAUAAAUGUGUUAUUGGACGGUUUAGUGUGUAGCAUCGUGGGAUAUUUUAAAGCUAAGCUUAAGACCUAUGUUUUUCGACAAGCAUAUUUUUAGACUUUCAGUUUUUUUUCUUUUUUUGAUUUUUAGGUCUUUUAGAUUUUUCCGAUUCUUAGGAUUUUUUUCUUACAUUUUUUAGUGUAUAGAUUGUAAUAUAUUUGACACUGUAAAGCGCAUUUGGGCGUUAGGAAAAUGCGCUAUGGAAAUGAAUUAUUUAUUAUUAUUAUAUUCCUACCCGUUUCUUGUAAUAUGACUUAAAAUUUGGUGGAUGUCUGUAGGUGAGGUGCCGUACCCUAACAUAAUAAUGCUAGCGGAUUUAAUCAGUUGGCUGUCCAUGGGGAACCGUAUGUCACGUCCGGAACAUAGCUCAGACGAACUGUACGUUUGCAAUUGUCUUCUAUACAAAUGAAUAAAUAAAUAUUCAAAAAUUCAUUAAUCAAUCAAUAUUAAUCCAGGGGCAUCCAGUUUAGUAGAGCUAGUUUAAAUGCCGCCCUGACACAACACAAAAGCAAAGACAUUAAAACAUUAAAACUAGAAAAUUAAUGAAGUUACAAACUUGAGCCAAAAUGUACCGCAGGCGUUAAUGUUUAAAAUGGCGCUUUAGCUUGAUUUUAAAUUCGCUGAGCGUCUCUACUUGUCUAAUGAUCCCCUGGAGCUCUGGCGCGUCACGUUCUAUUAACUGCGAUUUACUGUUUCGAUGUGAAUCUUUAUAGAUUUAGGGCCUGUUUACAUGGAGGUUACACAAGAUUGUCAACCUUUCCUUGGAAACUGGUCGGAUGCCUGGAAUACUUAAACAAGCUAUACUUAAGCCAUUGCUCAAAAAGCCCUCUCUAUUUCUAAUCUUCGUUUCAUAUCCAAAACUAUUGAAAAAUGUGUUGCUAAACAGCUGAUUCAAUACUUAGAUAUUAAUGACCUUGGUAAAACAUAUCAAUCGGCCUAUAAGAGAAACCAUAGUACAGAGACGGCUCCUAUUAGAGUCCACAAUGACAUAGCCAUGGCAAUAAAUCAACAUAAUUCAGUUAUCCUAGUAUUUCUCGAUCUUUCGGCUGCAUUUGAUACUGUUGAUCAUGGUAUCCUCCUUUCGCGACUGUCCAAUCGCUUUGGAAUUACUGGAACUGUAUUGGAAUGGUUUCGAUCAUAUCUUUCUGAUCGUACACAGUUUGUGCAGGUUAAUGGUGCGUGCUCUGCUUCUCAUGUUCUUGAGUUUGGUGUACCGCAGGGAUCCGUUCUUGGCCCGUUGUUAUGUACACAUCCCCUCUUGGCGAGAUUGCUCGACGUCAUCAAAUGUUCUAUCACUUUUAUGCUGAUGACACUCAGCUAUAUAUUACGUUCAGGACGUCGUCUGUUUCUGAUAUGAAUCUGAGUAACGCUAAAUUGGCAAACUGUGUUCGGGACAUGGACGCAUGGAUGCUUUCCAACAAGCUGAAAUUAAAUAAAGACACGUCCAAAGUUCUCGUGAUAUCCUCCUCCUAUCGACCUCGGCCAUCACUAUCUUCUGUUGAUAUAUGUAAUGAGACUGUAUCCUCCUCCCCCAGUGCACGCAAUAUUGGAGUUAUCUUUGAUCAGUCCCUUUGCAUGGUACCUCAUGUCAAUGCAGUCUGUCAAUCUUCCUUUUUACACCUUUCGUAACAUUGGUUUCAUACGCAAAUAUCUUACUUAUGAUGCUGCAAAGAUCAUUAUUCAUGCCUUCGUAGUUUCUAAACUUGAUUAUUGUAAUUCUUUAUUGUACGGCCUACCAUCCUAUCUUAUUCGGAAGCUUCAACAUGUUCAAAAUUCUGCUGCUAGCCUUGUCAACCAGUGUCCAAGAUAUUGGCAUAUUACUCCAGUCCUGAGGGAUCUUCACUGGCUCCCUGUCUCCUUUCGUAUUGAACUUAAAAUUAUGUUAAUUACUUAGAAAGUACUACAUGAUCGAGCUCCAAUCUAUAUACAGGACCUCCUUCAAUUGUAUACACCCAGCCGCAUUCUUAGAUCCUCUAAUAGAAAUUUAUUAGUUAAAACCUAUUUUAAUCUCAAUUCGUAUGGUAAACGAGCUUUCCUGUGGCUGCUCCGGAACCUUGGAAUAACUUACCUGAGGAUAUUAAAUCUGCAAACUGAAUUGAUGAUUUUCAACGCAAACUUAAAACAUUUCUUUUUAUGCGAGCUUAUGAAUCGUGACGUUUUUAUUUUUUGUCUGAUUUUUUAUCUAUUGUGUAGAUUUAUCUAUUUUGUAGUUAGCGUCUAGUUUUAAUGUCAAUUUCUUGUGAUUAUUUUUACUUUUUAGUUCCAUCUAAUUUUUUGUAAACAGCGCCUUUGAAUCUUGUAGAAAAGGCGCUAUAUAAAUGGAUUAUUAUUAUUAUUAUUAUUAUGGAGGUGGGGGGACCCAAGGUAGGUGAGAUAACAUGUGGUGGGGCACCCCACCUAUCAUCUUAACGUGAUCAAAGUAAAAUUACCUGUAACCUGGUAUCUCUGUUACGUUGUAGUUACCUUGUUACUCUUAAAGUCGGUACAAUACAUGUCCCCAUACAUGACGUACGUACCUCUAUAACAGUGUUAAGCGUUGCACUCAAGACUUAUCAGUUGUGAAGACGCAAGGCAUUAAGACACGCUUUCCAGGAAUGUCUUUGAAGUUUAAAGAACAUCAUCCUCGGAAUUCGGACUCGCACACACACUUGGAGGUCGUGAACAAAUGAGAGCAUUCUGAGCCCUUAAGAACUUGCAAACUCGGCGACGACAUCAGCAGAUUUCCUGAUGUUCUUUCCACAGUUCUUUGUGUGUUCCAAUAUAUCAGUCGGAACAAACGUGUGUGAGACGGUAUUUAAAAUCCUCACCAAAUGCUGAAUCGGCAUCACUCGCGGUCUCCCCAUUUUCCCUCAGUUCUUCAUUGUCUCGCUAACUUUGCUUUAGUGAAACUCCAAUGUGGGUCAGGGUCAGCGUCAUUUAUUUUACAUUUUUCAUUGCUUUCAGGUUCAUGACCCUGAGAAAGCGAGUUUGUACACACGUGUCUAAGCCGCUAUGUAAACUUUUAGGUGAAAAUAAACAGCAGAAACAGCUGAUCGAUCGUGCGAAGCCUAACUUUCCAACAGUUCCUUUUCGUUACCAUUUUGAUUUAUACGGAGGCAUUUUAACCAAAACUUUAGUUGAGUAACGGUCAGUUUUUCUAUCUCUUCAAUAAAACUAGCACCAGUAAUGUCCUGUGGAGUAAGAUCUACUUGAUCGUUCUUCUUGUUAGUUAUUUUAAAUUGGCCGCGAGGGCUAUUAAGUCUCACUUCCAUCCAACUUCCGUUUUUUUUUUCUGGAAACGGGGUAUUGCGUAAGAAGCCUGAAAAAAAAAACUCCAGGACUUGAACGGGAUUUGAACCCGUGACCUCGCGAUAACGGUGCGAUGCUCUAACCAUGCAACUAAGCUAUGAAGCCACUGAUGUUUUCAUAUGUCCCCGUGAUGAGAUGAAUGUGACAAAUGUAUAUGAAAUAAGUCAUAUUUGAAAACUGCGGAAAUGAAUUCUGGCAGUCUUGAAAGCAAUACGCCAUUUGCUCGAUGAUGUCUUUUACUACUAAGACCAGACUUCAUUUCGUUCUUUCUUUCAAAUUUAAAAUUGGUAAUCCCAGCGAGGUUUAAAUAACAAAAGCCCUAACUAACACAAGAAAGCAAAACCCUGAAGGAUCCUGGUAGCAGUAGUAAAAUGACGUCAUCGUGAAUAUGGUCUAUGAAAUAGGCCAUUUGCACUAAGAGGUCAUGUGACAUCGUUUUUAUGAAAGUGAAAGUUAUAUGAUUUUUUUCUUCAAAAAACGAUUGGUGGGUCAUGUCUUGAACAAAAUAAUAGUGAUUUUGUUUUUCAAACCUGCACCAUUUUCUUAAAAUGAGUACGUUCGUAGUUGGUCACGUGACCAAAAUGUGAUUUUUGAAAUUGAGAGUUAACUCUUUCUGAACCAAAUUUUGCUCUUAAACUUCAAGGAGAAUGUUGAAAAGUUUAUGUGGGAACGUUUACAGCACAUCUGAGCGUAACUAUCAAACGUUUAACAAGAUCUAAGCAAAAAGAAGUUUUGGCCGCCAUGUUGGAAGGCAAGAGUAUGCCCUCCAACAUGGCGGCCAAUACAAAUGAUACUACUUUGUUGAAAAAUCAAAGUGCCAUAAAAUAUCUUCCUUAAAUGCGUCUCCCCUCAAAUUUCGGGUGUAAGAUAAGUUUUAUGUGCUCUGUCAAUUUUUGGCAUCAGCAAGAUUCCAACUCAUUGUUUAAAAGAAGCAUUGGUCACGUGACCCCUUAGUGCAAGUGGCCUAUUGCGUGAGAAGCUUGAAAGAAAAUUCAGGACUUCAACGGGAUUUGAACCUGUGAACUCGCGCUCUAACCAACUAAGCUAUGUUGGGAGCUGGUCAAUUAUGUGUUCAUGUUCCCGUGAAAGAGAUGAAUGUGGAAAAAUAAUGUAUAUGAAAUAAAUCAUAUAUGAGAACUGUUCCAGGCUCCUAGAUAGUCGGGUCCGCUGAAUUGAGAAGGCGCGAACAUAAAAAAAAAAAAAAGAAAAGAAACAAAGAAAGAAAUUCAAAAACGGGAGGAAACUGGGGAGAUGAAGGGCGGCGGAGCCUGUAAUCUCUGCCAAUUUUUCGCAUGCCUUACACUUUCCCGUCAGUUUUCCCCCAUUAUCUCGAAGCCUGGAACAGGCUACUUAACAAUCGGAUAGCGUUUCCUUCUUCAAGACGAGUUGUAAUUAGGUAUUACAGAUUAAUUAUUCAAACAUUGUCUGCUGUUAUUUGUAGGUAUGAAAUGAUGCGUUUAUGUUGGUUAGAAAACCCUUUGAUGAGACCCACAUUUGCUGAAAUAACGGAGCGAUUCCAGUAUUAUUUACGAGAAUAUAAGGUGCUGUCUUGAGUCUUCCUUUGUUUAACCCUUUAAAUACUGUAAAGUGAAAUCACUGAACAAAUUUAUUGCUAGUCCAAGAAAAGCCAAUUUCGGUCUCUGUCAAAAAUUAUUGGUUAAUUACUGCCACAAAAAAGGGAAAGCCGCUGUCGUUGACUUUCACAGGACCAAAAAAAAACAAGAAUCCGUAAACUUUUAAACAUGGCGGAAACACUCGACUCCGUUGCGGUGAACUCAAGAGGGCGGAAUGUCUAAUAUAAACAGUAUUGCGACACAUUUGUUUGUUUGUUUAUAUAUAUUUGUUUACACCCAAUUUAGAGAAAUUAUGUGAAUGUAACCGACGGUGGUUCAGAGAAGGACCCAGAAGUCUCGUUAUUGGAUGGGAUUUCCAUGACCAAAACCACGACGGUUUGA